AUGGCUAGACUGCUUGAGGGAAAGUUCGGCGUUGUGACUGGCGGCUCGAGAGGAAUUGGAGAGGCUAUAGCCAACAACCUCGCCAGCAAAGGCUGCAACCUUCUUCUUGUUUAUACUUCAGACAGCUCAACCGCGCCAACCAUGCAGCUCUGUGCCACCUUCUCCGCCACUCACAUCAUCAAGUGCUACCCCGUCCAAGCGAACCUCAGCGACCCUAAGUCUGCCUCGGAGAAGAUCCUUGUCGCCGCAAAACAAUAUUUCUCCUCUUCGCCUUCCUCCUCAACCACCGCCUUUUCUCCAGAGGAUACUACCACUACCGCAACUCUACAAAUUGACAUCAUUGUUAACAACGCCGGAGUUGCGUUUAACCAAGCCCUCCCCGAUGUGACCUUAGACGAAUUCACCCGCCACUACACCAUCAAUGUUCUUGCCCCACUGAUUCUACUUCAAACCCUUCUACCCUACUUACCGAAAGAUCGGUCCGGCCGAAUCGUCAACGUAUCGUCCGUAGGCUCAAGCCUAGGAUUUCCGAACCAGACGGUAUACGGCGGAACGAAAGCCGCAUUAGAGGCGAUGACAAGAACUUGGGCGAGGGAGUUGGCCGACCGAUGUACGGUGAACGCAGUGAACCCAGGUCCAGUAAAAGGAGUCAUGUAUGAGGGUGCCGGGGAAGGAUUUUGGAGGGACCUUCAGGGGUGGCAGGAUCAUACGCCCUUAAGCAAGGUUGAGGAUUCUUGUGGUGAUAAAGAUGCUGACAAUGCGGUCUUUUUGAAGUUGGUUAGGGAGAAGAUGGGAGGGAGGAGGCCGGCGUAUGCGAGUGAGGUCGCCGGCGUGGUGGGGAUGUUGUGCACGGCGGACGCGGCGUGGUGUACGGGGAGUGUCGUUUGUGCAAACGGUGGAAUGAGGAUGAAUGAGUAG